AUGUCUCCCCUUGUUCCCCAUCUCAUCCUCUACCUACUCCUCUUGACGGUGGUCACCGGCGAGAUUCUCCGGCCAAGAUUCUACAGCGAAACUUGCCCUGAAGCUGAAUCAAUCGUAAGAAAUGAAAUGAAGAAAGCUAUGAUCAGAGAAGCAAGAAGCGUCGCUUCCGUCAUGCGUCUCCAAUUUCACGACUGUUUCGUCAAUGGAUGUGACGCAUCUGUAUUGCUUGACGACACACCAAACAUGCUCGGCGAAAAACUAGCACUCUCCAACAUCAAUUCACUGAGAUCUUUCGAAGUCGUAGACGACAUUAAAGAAGCUCUCGAGAAAGCUUGUCCCGCUACUGUUUCUUGCGCCGACAUCGUCAUCAUGGCUUCUCGUGACGCCGUUGCUCUCACAGGAGGACCGGAUUGGGAAGUGAAGCUCGGGAGGAAAGACAGUUUUACGGCGAGCCAAAAAGAUUCCGACGACAUAAUGCCGAGUCCGAGAGCAAACGCAACUUUCUUGAUCGACCUUUUCAAAAGAUUCGAUCUUUCGGUUAAAGACAUGGUCGCUUUAUCCGGGUCACACUCGAUCGGUCAAGCUCGGUGUUUCUCGAUCAUGUUCAGGCUUUAUAACCAAUCCGGUUCAGGUAAACCGGAUCCAGCUCUCGAACCGGCUUACAGGCAGAAGCUUGACAAGCUUUGUCCUUUGAGUGUUGACCAGAACGUGACCGGACCUCUUGACGCAACGCCUGUGGUUUUCGAUAACCAGUAUUUCAAAGACUUGGUCUCAGGGAGAGGGUUUCUAAACUCUGACCAGACGCUUUACACUAGCAGAGAGACGAGAGAGUAUGUGAAGAUGUUUAGUGAGGAUCAAGCUGAGUUUUUCAGGGCUUUUGCGGAAGGGAUGGUGAAGUUGGGUGAUUUGCAAUCUGGGAGAGGUGGUGAGAUUAGGUUAGAGAAUUUUGAAGUGAGAUCUGAUCCUUCUGCUGUGGAAUUAGGGUUUUUGAGAAUCGAAAUGGAUUGGCAAGGGCAGAAAUUGGUGGAGCAGCUGAUGCAGAUCUUACUGGUGAUCGCCGGCGUCGUCGCGGUGGUUGUUGGCUACGCAACGGAGUCGUUCAGGACGAUGAUGCUGAUCUACGCCGGCGGGGUCGUUCUCACGACGCUGAUCACUGUACCGAAUUGGCCUUUCUACAAUCUCCAUCCUCUCAAAUGGUUAGAUCCGAGCGAAGCCGAGAAGCAUCCGAAACCAGAAGUUGUCGUUGCUUCGAAGAAGAAAUUCUCCAAGAAAUAG